GCCCUCCCUUCGUCCCCGGGCUCGCACGCACGCGCACGCACGCACUCCUCGCGCCCCCGCACCAGGCGGGGGCAGAAGCCCGGAGGGGAGCGAGCGCCGAGUCGUGGGUCCAUCCCGCGCCCGGCUGGUGCGCGCCGCCUCCCCACGCGCAGGCUCGGGGCUCCCGCUCGGCUUUCCUGACUCGCGCAGUCGGCGCCGAAGCGCUUCCCUUUGCCUCCUCCUCCGCCCCCAGGCCAGCGUAGCUCCCGGCGCGCGGUCUCCUGCGCCCCAGAACUGGCCAGAAGAGUAACCCCGCGCGGCGAGCAGCCGCUCCCAACUCCUCGCCGGAGGGAGCAGGCUAGAGGCUGGAUUCCCGAGACUCGGGACUGGCCUGCGUUACUGGCCCCUCCUUUAGGAUUCGGCUUGAUUUUUGUAUUUGAAGGAGGAUUUUAUUACCUUAGAACUCCUUUUUACAAAAUUUCUGCAAGAGCUCCGUAGGGAAGAUUUUGGGAGAUCUUAUUUUCACAACAAACAAACAAACAAACAAACAAAAUACCGAAGGAGCAUUCGUUAAUUUUCCCUGGGUUUUGGAGUCCCCCCAGGAAGAGCGCGCGGACGAGAGCCGGCGGGGCGCGCCAGCCGGCGGAGCCCCCUCCCUGCUCCCGGCCCGACACGCUCGCUCGCCGGCGCGCGCACACCCCCUGCACCGGACCCGCACCUCCGCGGGCGCCACACACUCGGCAGCCCGAGCCGCGUUCGCCGCAGCGGGAUGGAGGCGGCGCGUACGGAGCGCCCCACUGGCUGGACGGGGGCGCCGCUCGCCCGGACCGGGCUCCUGCUCCUGUCGACGUGGGUUCUCGCGGGCGCCGAGAUCACUUGGCGCACGACAGGCUGUCCGGGGCACCUCGGGGCUUCGGAUUCGCGGCCACCGGCCCUUCCUCUUUUCUUGCCGCGGGCAGUGGUGAGCCAGUGGCCGGAGGAGCCAGCGACCGCGCAGAGAGCCGCCGCGCCAGAGCGCCUGCCAGGCGGUGAGAUGCGUGCUGAAGCUGGGGAGACGUCGCCUCCGGGCGCACCGUGGAACCAGGGUGUCCCAGCACCUGGCAAGCUGGGCGGCGCGAGGAGGAGUCGCCGGGCGCAGCCCCCCAGCGCUUUGGAGCGCGGAGACACCCGGGCCACCGCAACGGCCGAUGGCUCCAAAGGAAGCCGCCCUGUAGCCCAGGGUCCUCGGGAAGAGGUGCGCGCGACGCGGACUGGGAGCCUGGCUGCCGAGGAGCUCCGUCUGCCCAGCACCUCGUUCGCGCUGACCGGGGACUCAGCCCACAAUCAAGCCAUGGUGCACUGGUCCAGGCACAACAGCAGCGUCAUACUCAUCCUGACGAAGCUGUAUGACUUCAACCUGGGAAGUGUGACUGAGAGCUCUCUGUGGAGAUCAACAGAUUAUGGCACCACCUAUGAGAAGCUGAAUGACAAAGUGGGUCUGAAGACUGUUCUCAGUUACCUCUAUGUCAAUCCCACCAACAAAAGGAAGAUCAUGCUUCUUAGCGAUCCUGAGGUGGAGAGCAGCAUAUUGAUCAGCUCAGAUGAAGGGGCCACCUAUCAGAAGUACCGGCUCACCUUCUACAUCCAGAGCCUGCUCUUCCACCCCAAGCAAGAGGACUGGGUGCUGGCGUACAGUCUGGAUCAAAAGCUGUACAGCUCCAUGGACUUUGGAAGGCGCUGGCAGCUCAUGCAUGAACGCAUCACACCAAACAGGUUUUACUGGUCGGUGGCUGGACUGGAUAAGGAGGCGGACCUGGUACACAUGGAGGUGCGCACAGCAGAUGGAUAUGCUCACUACCUCACCUGCAGGAUCCAGGAGUGUGCCGAGACCACUCGGAGUGGCCCCUUUGCCCGUUCCAUUGACGUCAGCUCCCUGGUUGUCCAGGACGAAUAUAUCUUCAUUCAGGUCACAACAGGCGGAAGAGCCAGCUACUAUGUGUCCUAUCGAAGAGAAGCCUUCGCUCAGAUAAAGCUGCCCAAGUACUCCCUGCCGAAGGACAUGCACAUCAUCAGCACGGAUGAGAACCAGGUGUUUGCAGCCGUGCAAGAGUGGAACCAGAACGACACAUACAACCUCUACAUCUCAGACACCCGCGGCAUCUACUUCACGCUGGCCAUGGAGAACAUUAAGUGCAGCCGAGGCCUCCUGGGCAACAUCAUCAUUGAACUGUAUGAGGUAGCAGGUAUCAAAGGGAUAUUCCUGGCAAACAAGAAGGUGGAUGAGCAGGUGAAGACGUACAUCACUUACAACAAAGGCAGGGACUGGCGCCUGCUGCAAGCUCCAGAUGUGGACCUUCGGGGAAGCCCAGUACACUGCCUGCUGCCCUUCUGCUCCUUACACCUGCACUUGCAACUUCCUGAAAACCCAUAUUCUUCAGGAAGGAUCUCUAGCAAGGAGACGGCCCCGGGACUGGUGGUGGCCACAGGCAACAUUGGUCCGGAGCUCUCCUAUACUGACAUUAGUGUGUUCAUCUCCUCUGAUGGCGGGAACACAUGGAGACAGAUCUUUGAUGAAGAGUACAAUGUCUGGUUCCUAGACUGGGGUGGUGCCCUCGUAGCCAUGAAACACACGCCUCUGCCAAUAAGGCAUUUGUGGGUGAGCUUCGACGAGGGCCACUCCUGGGACAAGUAUGGCUUCACUCUGCUUCCGCUCUUUGUGGACGGGGCUCUGGUGGAGGCUGGUGUGGACACCCACAUCAUGACAGUUUUUGGCCACUUUAGCCUCCGCUCCGAAUGGCAGUUGGUGAAAGUGGACUACAAAUCAAUCUUUAGCCGGCGCUGCACCAAGGAGGAUUAUCAGACAUGGCACCUGCUCAAUCAGGGAGAACCUUGUGUUAUGGGAGAAAGGAAAAUAUUCCAGAAGCGCAAGCCAGGAGCUCAGUGUGCCCUAGGCCGGGACUACUCGGGGUCAGUGAUCUCAGAACCCUGUGUCUGUGCGGACUGGGACUUCGAAUGUGACUAUGGCUAUGAGAGACAUGGGGAGAGCCAGUGUGUCCCUGCUUUCUGGUAUAAUCCCGCAUCCCCCUCGAAGGACUGCAGUCUUGGGCAAAGUUACCUGAACAGCACUGGGUACCGGAGAAUCGUGUCCAACAACUGCACAGAUGGACUGAGAGACAAGUAUUCUGCCAAGGCCCAGUUGUGUCCUGGAAAAGCCCCUCGGGGCCUCCACGUGGUGACAAACGAUGGCCGCCUGGUGGCAGAGCAGGGACACAAUGCCACCUUCAUCAUCCUCAUGGAGGAGGGUGACCUCCAGAGAACAAAUAUCCAGCUUGACUUCGGUGAUGGGAUUGCUGUGUCUUAUGCUAAUUUCAGCCCCAUCGAGGAUGGUAUCAAGCAUGUGUAUAAGAGUGCGGGGAUCUUCCAGGUGACAGCCUAUGCAGAGAACAACCUUGGCUCAGACACGGCUGUCCUUUUCCUGCAUGUGGUUUGUCCUGUGGAGCAUGUCCACCUCCGAGUGCCAUUUGUUGCCAUAAGAAAUAAAGAGGUCAACAUCAGUGCAGUGGUGUGGCCGAGUCAGCUGGGAACCCUCACCUACUUCUGGUGGUUUGGCAAUAGUACAAAGCCCCUCAUCACCCUGGACAGCAGCAUCUCCUUCACAUUCCUGGCCGAGGGGACCAACACCAUCACGGUCCAGGUGGCUGCUGGAAACGCCCUCAUCCAGGACACGAAAGACAUCGCCGUUCAUGAGUACUUCCAGUCCCAGCUCUUGUCAUUCUCUCCCAACCUGGAUUACCACAACCCUGACAUUCCCGAGUGGAGGCAGGACAUCAGCAACGUCAUCAAGAGAGCUCUGGUUAAAGUCACCAGUGUCCCAGAAGAUCAGAUCCUUGUUGCUGUGUUCCCUGGGCUCCCCACCUCUGCAGAGCUUUUCAUCCUUCCACCCAAGAAUGUGACAGAGAGGAGGAAAGGCCAUGAGGGGGAUCUGGAAGAGAUUGUAGAAAUCUUGUUUAAUGCCCUAAACCAGAACUUGGUCCAGUUUGAGCUGAAGCCAGGAGUCCAGGUCAUUGUGUACGUCACACAGCUGACAUUAGCCCCACUGGUGGACGCUGGUACUGGACACAGCAGCUCAGCCAUGCUGAUGCUCCUGUCAGUGGUGUUCCUUGGCCUGGCUGUAUUUCUGAUCUACAAGUUUAAAAGGAAAAUUCCCUGGAUUAACAUCUAUGCUCAGGUCCAACAUGACAAGGAGCAGGAGAUGAUUGGGUCCGUGAGCCAAAGUGAAAAUGCCCCCAAAAUCACACUCAGCGACUUCACAGAGCCUGAAGAACUGAUGGACAAAGAGCUGGACACCCGGGUCAUAGGAGGCAUUGCCACCAUUGCGAACAGUGAAAGCACAAAGGAGAUCCCCAACUGCACUAGUGUGUAACAGCCACAAGCCACGUGCUCAACCACCUUUCUGACGUUUUAUUUUUGAUGACUUCUAUUAUUAUUAUAAUGGAAAAAUAAAAAUGUCUUUUUUACCUUUUGUUUACCAAGGGUCCCCUUAUAAAUAGCAGGCAGAUACUUGGCUUUGGGAGAAAAGGGGCAUUCUUAGCUGAUUCAAAUGAGAUGAAAGGAAUAAAUGUCUAUAUUUGUGCUAAGAGCAAAGGAUGCAUCUUCCCAUAGCCUCCUUACUUUAUUCUGCCAAUGGGAGUGUAAAGACUGACCUUUUCCUGUUCUCUCUCUCUCUCUUUCUUUCUCUCUCUUUCUCUUUCUCUCUCUUUCUCUUUCUCUUUCUCUUUCAUCUCUCUCUCUCUUUCUCUCGCUUUUUCUCAUUUUUAAAUUGGGUUGAUGUUUUGUUAACUCCUAACCCUCCAAACCCACACUCAAAUCAUCACCACUCCCCUACCCUGCCCCCAGCACACAUGCAAACCACGUGUCCCAUUUCCCAGUGAGAGCUGCUGGAGGUGGGCAGUGGGAGUGGGCACGGUGGCAGAGAGCCCGCACACCUUACAAAAGAGGCCCUGCCUCCUGCAUGGCCACAGUGAGGCUGCAGAUGGCUUAUUGUAUAUAACUCCAAUGUAAAUAGCUUUUUAUUUCCUAAGAAAUAAUUUAAUGUUUAGUAAAAAGGAAACAGAAAAAAGAACAAUGCGUGUGUUGGCUUAUGCACUCACCCUCCGAGCUGACCCACCUCCAGGCCUGCUUGAUGUGUUGAGCUGUGGACACCUGCCAGCUGUCUGUUACAUUUAACUACUGCAUCGCAUCUCCACAUCCACGCCAUAGCUGGUUUCCGCUCUGUGUGUAAUGGGAAGGGGGAGGGGCUCCUUCGGGGCAGUUGAUAAAGGAAGGAAGCGACAUCAUAGUACCUGGGAGCCGUGGUUUUUGUUUUUGUUUUUGUUUUUUCCCAACAGUGGCAUGCAGAAAGUUGCGAGAUGAGGGCCAGAACUACACAUUUCAAACUGCAACCCACAUCCCACAUUGCAGGGUGAGGAUUCCGUCCUAAGAGAAGAAUUUGAGAAUAUUAGACUGAAAAAAAUUCUUUUACUCUAAGAAACCAGGCAGUGGAUCUAAAGACAUGGAGAUGUAAAUGCUCAUGGCAAAUGCUUCCCUAGACUCAGAAGGUCUUCUGAGUGCAAGGUUCAGGCCCAGGCAGUAUCACUGGGCAUGAGAGGAAGUAGAGAGUUCGCAAGGAAGGUGGCAUUUGUGGAAUCACGAGUCUACACAAACCAUUCAGGCCGAAGGGAGGUCUAGCCUUUCCUGAUAUUAGUCAAAGACAAUUUUAGCAAAGCUGUGCUAUUUGCCUGUCAGAUGUACACAACUUCCUUAAAGUCAAAUGUCUGCCUUUGGUUCCCUUAAGGUGGCUACUGCCUCUGGGGUAAGUGGCUUUCCAAACCGAUACUUGCUUUUCUGUCACCUCAGCCCCUUCCCAUAUUUAGCAUACCGUUCUUUUCAGUAGAGAUACUUAAGCCCACACAGUGAACAUUGCUUUUAUUUCCAAGGUCUGCCUGAUCACACUUGUUUUAAAGAACGGUAUCUUGUGUAUAUAUAUGUGUGUGUGUUUGGGAGGAAAGACCACACUUGGUACGUGUUAAAUUCUGUGGGAUGUCACUGGCAUUCCUCUGUGAGACAAAGGGAGAAUGUGGCAGGGAGACAGCUGGCUAGCGACAGCAUAGCUCAGUAUCAAGAGUAUUUCUAGCAAAUCCUGCUGUUUUUCUUGCAAGGGUUAAAUGGAGCAGACAGUUGCAAUACUUGUACUAAACACUGGAAUACAAAUGCAUGAGUCAUAUCUAUAUAUACAGUAUAUGUACAUAUACUGUUCUUGGUUUUAUUGUUCCAUUUGAAUAUUUCUACUGUAAAAAAAGACAGUGGUUUUGAAAUUGUUGAAAAUAAAUGUAUUUUUGUACAUCAAACCUA